AUGAAUGCUAAUAAGUCUGAGUUCGCUGUCGCCUUGAAUCUCAUUCUCCUAAUAGCAGCCUUGUUAGUGGGUGUCUCUCAAUCCCAAAACUUGCCAACAGACUAUCUCAAUGCUCACAAUACAGCUAGGGCAAAUGUUAGUGUGGUUGCAAUGACAUGGGACACUACCGUGGCAAAGUAUGCUCAAGAUUACGCUGAUCUAAGAGCUCCAGAUUGCAAACUCCAGCAUUCUGGGGGCAAAUAUGGUGAAAACAUCGCAUGGAGUAGUAGUUCAUCCUAUUCUGGAGUAGCCGCUGUUAACCUUUGGGUUGGGGAGAAACAAUACUACAGUUACCCAGCAAAUACAUGCCAAUCGGGAAAAGUCUGUGGGCACUACACACAAGUUGUCUGGAAGAACUCAAUUCGUUUAGGGUGUGGUAGAGUUAACUGCGCAAAUAAUGCUGGUACUUUCAUUGUCUGCAGCUACGAUCCUCCUGGUAAUUACAUUGGCCAACUUCCUUACUAAUUUGGAAAACCCCGAAGAAUUGAGGGGAGGUGAUUUUCACACUUAUAUAUAUAUAUAUAUAUAUAUAUAUAUUAUAUUCCAGUAAGAAGGAUA